AUCCAACAGCGUUCGACUGUCAGCUUUUGCCUAACAACUGCUAAAUUGUUGGAUUUGAUCCCUUGCAUCUGUCGCAGAUUGCAUCUAUCAGACCCGGAAGGCUGGGAACACAUGCGAACCAUCGAAUUAGGACUCUGUAACGACCAAGGCACGAGGUGAGCUUCUUCGGCAACCUGUAAGGCCGUUUACGUUUCGCUGCCUGUCGUUGGUUCUCGGAUUCGAAGGCCGGUUUCACAUCAGCAAAGUCGCCGCCAGCAUGGUUCACUUGUUCCAUAGGUCUAAAAACCAUACCAAACAACCGGAACCGAAGUAUGUACUGGAGCCAACACUAACACCAGUACAAGAGAAGUCUGUGCAUGAUGACCACGAUCCAGUCACAUCGCCCGAACGUGUUGUUCACGAUGCCACAAGAAGAUCAAACCCUGGAAACCCUAUGCUAGGUAGCAUGCCUCCGUCCGAAGAGACGUUCCAGGGAUUUCCAGAGCCAGAAAUCUCCGCCAUCCCACUCGAGGGCAAGCAUGGAGCAAAGGUUCACUACACAUACUACCCAGCAUCUUCUGCUUCAAAGUUGGGACACAACAAUCCUUUCGCACAGUCGCUAAUCGUCUUCUUAAAUGGUCUGAUGCUACCAAGAAGCUCUUGGGACCCAAGUAUUCAAGCUUUCCUGGAGAAACGAGUGACCGCAGGUCUUCCAUAUCCUGCUCUGUUGAGUUACGAUCGAUAUGGACAGGGCGAUUCGGACCGUGACCCCAAUGACCAAGAGCCUCCUCCCUGUCAUGGGCACGAUGCAAUGUCUGCAGUCCGGGAUCUCAGGCAAUUCACCCUUCAGAUUUGGAAGGAGCAUUUGGAAAGAGCAAGUCCAAACCAGGUUCCUACUCUUGUCUUCGUCUGCAACAGCAUUGGAUGCGCCAUCGCCAGACUAUUCGCUCAAACAUAUCCUGGGACUGUGAUCGGCAUGUUGUUCCUCGACAGUAUCAUGGCGAAUACAGAUAUGUCCAAGAUGUGGCCAGAUCCGGACGCCCCUGGUUUCGACCCACACUCCCUACCCGCCGACGUGACGGCAGACGAAGUAAGAGAAACGAGAGAAAAUUAUAAGAAGAUGUUUCACCCUGAUGUUCCCAACAUGGAGGGCCUGUCGCGGCGAAAUCUGGCCGCAUUACUACCAGAAGCUGAUGGGCCUGUUUUGGAAGGCUGGGGCGGCUCUGGGCCAUACCUGACAGUCGUGGGUCACGACUGGGAAACCUUCGCUGAGCAGUCCUAUCAAGGUUCCCUCCAUACACCAAAGGUCUUGACAAUGACCUACGCGAAUCCAGCCUGGCAGAAGUAUAAUUCAGCUCUCACGCACAUCACCGAUGACGGCAAGGCCAUUGGUCCGCUCAUAGCUUUAAAUUGUGGGCACUUUAUUCAGAAAGACAGCCCGAGAUUUGUCAGCGAGGAGCUGACAUCAUUACUUGACCGAGUGGUGAAUCGGGUUGAGCAAGUCAGCGAACGAACACCCGAGCUCAGGAGAGAAAUGAUUCGUCAUAGCACAGACUACGGCUUUCACAGGCGGAACUCGACCGAUUUUCUGUAUGGAGGCGAGAUGUGAUUCGUGCGGACGAUGCAUCGUUGCACAUGACUGGCGCUUGUAUAGUGGAGACGCAAAUAUUGUAUACCAGCUACAACGUAACGUGCAAAUGUUCAUGAGAUUGUUAGUCAAUGAAAUGUAUCUUUCGUUGGUUGGGGGGUCUUAAGCCAAUCUCCAGCUAUGUCUCACGUGAAG